UACUGUUGGAAACAUCUCGAUUGGUUGAAACAGAACGUAUUCAAUUACAAGCUGAAAUGGAUCGUCGCCUUUCGGAAUCGGAACGAAAUUAUAAUUCAGCAUUGAUAGAGUUGGAGACAGAUCGAUAUGAUCUAAUGCAACAACUCGAUGAAAAGAAACUCAUUAAUCAUGAAUUAAAAAUUGAAAUAUUGUCAAUUCGACAAAAACUUCAAGCUAGAGAGAAAUUUAUCGAUGAGCAAAUCGAAGAAAGAGAAUUAGAACGAGAAGAAUUCCGUAUCGAAUUAAAUCGUCUGAAAAGUGAACUUGAAACGAGAAAGUCACAAGUGAUUUCAUUUGAAUUAAUGGAUUCCGCUGAUGCUGAUUUUUGUACUACACCGUUGAGUAUGAAAGAAGCAAGACAAACUAAUUCUACACCUCAUAAGAUGGUUGGUUUGAAAAUGGAACAUUCAUGUCGAAAUGAUGCUAUCAAAUCAAAUGUUAAAUCAUUUAUACAAUCUAAAUCAUGGAAUAAACUUAGUGAUUCUGAUGAAGAUAUAUCGAGCGGAAAUAUAAAUGAAGUAACAAUAAGGAGUAAAUGUAAAUGUGUUAGCCAACAAAAUGACUGGCAACCUUAUACUGUUUCAACAAUGAAUAAAAUUAGUGAUUCCUAUGUUUAUAUAGAGGAUGAAUCAAACCAAUGUGAUGCUUGUACACAG